CCUGGUCGCUGCGCUCUUUUCCUGACGUCAUUUCUCUGCGACAGGCCUCAGCGCACAGUCACAGCAGCUCUGCAGGCACAAACUGGAAAUGGGUGAGUCGCUGCUGAGGGCCAUGGUAUCAAAGUCUUUGAACAGUAACUUACGGACUUGAAUAACGCCGUUAAAGAUCCUCGGCACGUGUCUCCUGCAGAGUUACAGUCCUUGCAAGAGUGCGUCUUUGACCGAGUGGCGUUGUUGGCUCUAAAGCUAACAGGCUAAUGUUAGCUAGCGGAGGCCCAGCAAAGAGUUGACUACAUUGUUUUUGUCAGCGACGCCAGUUAAACAGCUAAUGAGGCGGAUGAAUUUGGUGCCACUUCACUCAAAUAUAUCUCAGCAACAAAACUCGCACAAGUAAUCCAGUUAGUUUUGACAAUUUUUAGUAGCGCCCUGAACGUUAGCAUAACCCGUUAACACUAGCUAACUGAAUUAAAGCUAGCUGACUACAUUAAAAUUAUGACUUCCAGGAGGACAGGCUAUGCUGGUAGCAUGGAUUCCUCCCCUUCAAAUAGUGGCAGCAGCUCAGUCCACAGUGGAAACCGUAAACAAAGUAUAAUCAACAUCCCGGAGAGGACCGGGGUCGAGUCCUGCUACGAUCGGAAAGCAGACAAGGGUGCAUACGGAGCCUCGCAGGGCAGCAUGACCGUAACGUCGCUGAAAUCUCGCCUCGCCCCGACCAUUCAGACUGCCAUGUCCGCUGCUGUUGACACUCUCCUGGGCGAAGUGGUGCUUGUGCUCAAUGAGACUCAGCAGGAGUUGCUACACAAGGAACAAGAGAAUGAAAGACUCAAAGUGCGCCUGGAGGUGUCAGAGAGGGAGCUGAAGACACUGCAGGAGUGUCUGUGUAGUGCUCAGAAGCUCAUAGACCAGCUGCAGAUCUCAUACACAGGCCCACAGUCCAUCAGUCAGUCUGUUUUCGCCCCAUCGCUGUCUUCUAUGGCUUCAAUGACUUCAGGCUUGGACCGGGACCACCAGAACGCCAGGAAUGUGAAUGGAGCCGGCGUGGACUUGGGUCUCGGUGGCUCUGUGGAUGAUUCGCUGCAUGGGUUUGAGCCGAGGGAUGACUACAAAAUGUGCCAGCUUUCAAUCCAGCCAGAUGGCUCUGUGACUAACCACGCUCUGGACUCCUUUGCUUCCAACACAUCUCACAUGUGCUCCGAUUCCAGCAGACCAGAUGAGCGGCAGUCUCAGGGACCAGGGGGACCAUCCAGGUUUGAGAUUAAAGAGGAGCAGGGACCAACCUCAGGCUCCGGUCAGCCCACCAGGAAGGAUCCUGGGUUGCGUAACGACAACAGAGUCGGGGACAGUGACCUUGGCUAUGUUCAAGUUGGAGGGGAAGGAGGCUCCCAGCGUGCCUUUACUCAGCCCCUGCGUCACCAAAGACCUGUGCGAGAAUGCAAUGAUGCCUUGCAACAGGGCGGACUUGAUGGACAGAAACAGUUGGCUCGGACUUCUGCAGCCGGGAGAGUAGACAGUGUUUCACCAGGCAGGGCAGAGGACUCUGCAGGACCUUCGGCCUCUGACACAGCAGGGGAGCCCUCUGGUGAUCGGCCCCACCACUGCCUGGAGUGCGGAAAGACCUUCCGUCUGAUCUCCAGCCUGAAGAAGCACAUCCGCAUCCACACUGGAGAGAAGCCCUACCCGUGUGGAGUCUGCGGCCGUCGCUUCCGCGAGUCAGGUGCGCUUAAAACCCACCUGCGCAUACACACAGGCGAGAAACCGUACUCUUGUUCAGAGUGUGGAAACUGCUUCCGCCACUUGGACGGUUUGCGCAAACACAGGCGCACACACACCGGAGAGAAACCGUACGUGUGUGCCAUCUGUGGAAAGCGCCUGAGCCGCCUGCAGCACCUCAAACACCAUCAGCUCAUCCACACCGGAGAGAGACCGUGCUGCUGCCCCUUCUGCAACCGCAGCUUCAAGGAGCCCGCAGCGCUACGGAAACACAUCCGCACGCAUCGGGAGGAAGGCGGUCACAUGGGGAUCGGAGCCAGUGAUGACACGGACCCAGAUGCCAUGGAUGAUAUUAACAACCUCCAUCCAGCAGCUCCGUCCCCUCAGAUGAGGUUUGGGGAGUGGGGAGCUGAGGAGGAUGACAGCUCGGUUGUGGACUGUGUGUAGGAGAUGAUUAAAGGAGUAACUGUCAGUUGUUACCAUGACACCUACUCCAGCUGCAACACAUGGGAUGAGGUGUUUGUGUAGUUUGUAAACAUGAUGGAUAGGUCAUCUCUGUUCCAUGCUGGUGAAAUGAAUGAGGCUACUUAUAACCCUAGCCUUGAAGUGUCUGGCAUUUUCAUGUUUUACAUUCUGAGAUGUAAAAAUAACAUUUUAAAUAUCCACUGUACAUUCUUCAACAGCAAGUUGGUUUUUGUUUUUUUGUCCGGACAUUCAUCAAGCAACAGCAGCAGUAGCGCACAGGUUGUUCUUGGCACAGGAAGUUGCUGGUUUGCUACCUUCCCGGCAGCAAUUUGGGAAAUUUAUGGCAGAAGUGGAAAAGAGCUGUUUCCUCACUUUAAAAAUAUAAGUGCCUUGAACACUCACUCACUCACUCAUCAGCUGAGUCACUACUGCUGCUGCUGCUGCUGCUGUUCAAGACACUUCCCACCUGGAUUAUAAUCAAGACAAACUUUAUGUUACGUUACUGAUCACAAGCUUUUUGUAGUUUCACACAUUAGUGAGAUUUUCUGUUGGAUUAUUUUCAGUUACUUAUUAGGCGUGCUUUUGCCAAAACACUGCGCUGCUCAAGUAGAUAGAAAUGGAUCCAGAGAGCUGUUUCAUGCUUCAUGUGGGGACAGACCAUGUGCAUGAUGUAGCAGGGCAUUACUGACUCAUCCAAAUAUCACAGUAUUUUUUUUUCAAGGCUUUGAUCUUGUGCUUUUACACAACAUUUAUUAACUUAAAUAAAAUGUCAGUUAGUCAGGUUAGUGUGCGGAUGUCAUGCCCAAGAGCACAGCAUGGUCAUCUUUAUUUCACUCAGCUGCAACAGCUGAUUAAACUGUGUCAAAAAGUU